CACUCCUCUUUGAUCCAUAUUGUAUGUGCGCAGUAAAUCGUAGAGGAAGUCUCGUCUCCAGGACACAGAUGAAGCGUCCCUGCUCAUGUGAUAAAGUAUGGGUCAACCUUUCACCAGAAACUGUUUCCUGAAUUUUCCAUAAUUUAAGAGAUUGUUAUUUACAGUUGGAUCCUCCAGCCAGUGUGUGAUGAUGCUGCCCGUGGCUCAACUUCCCCACCUGGAACAUGUUCUGCAGACUGUAUCCGUGUUGGAGUCAGUUGUCCUCAGCAGUUUCGGACCUGAAGGGGGACAGGUGCUGUUUACCCGAGACACAGGACAGGCGAUGCUGAGCCGCAGUGGGACGAAAAUUCUUACAGCACUACGUCUGGAAAAUCCACUGGCCAGGAUGAUCGUGGCGUCCGUCUUAAAUCACAGCACUGUAACAGGCGAUGGAUCUAAGACGUUUAUCCUUCUCUUGGCGUCAUUACUAAGGAUGAUUCAUGCAACAGCCUGCAAGGAGCCUAAUGUGUCUCACACUUACAACCCCAGGAAAGCAGCGGUGGCUUCUACUGCCAGACACUUGGCUAAGAGACUGCUGGAGUUUGCUUUGGAGGACCUCGAUGACCUCAUUGCCGUGGGAGUGGUCCCAUAUGGAUGCUGUCUCCCCAGAGAGGAUUUCACUUUAAAAACACGUCCUCCCAAAAGCAUUCCCUGUGUUCAAAAGCUGCUGGCAUCUUUCUUUCAUUCACGUUUGGGUCAAACACACUGUGACUUUUUCAGCCACCUCACUUGUGAACUGCUCGAUAACUGGAAAUUAAAAAAUGAUCAUCCUUCCGUAGCGCUACAGUUCAUAAAUGACAACCUGCCCACGUUGCAUACACCUGUGUCAGGCUUCCCUAUUAGUUGUUCACGUUUGAUCGAGGGGCAGGUCAUUCACAGAGACUUUGCUACGUCUUGCAUACGAAGUGACAAACCACCAGUAGCAGCUGUCAUUUUGACUGGUUGCCUGCAGCCUACACUGCUCCGUGCAGGAGAGGUGUUGGAGCUGGGAUGUGGCGAUCAACAGACAGCUGAGAAUUCAAGGAAGGAGAGGAGUAUUGUUCAGUUUAGUGCAUGGGCAGAAAAGUCACUAGAGUGUGCUAUUGCAAACCUGCAGAGUGUGGGUGUCUCUGUGAUCCUCUCUGCUGUGAAACAGUCUGCUGCUGUCCUGGCCUUAGCUGCACAGGCAAAGAUUUGCAUUGUCGAGUGUGUCAGUGAAGAUGAAUUGUCUCUCUUUGCUCAUCUAAGUGGAGCCAAACCUGUCGCAGACUGCUGGAUGAUUGAACCAGACAACAUUGCUACGUUGACCUUUUGCCGUCCAAUACUGCUAGGAGCACACAGGUAUGUUCAUGUUGCUUUCCAUGACUCGGACAAAAGGCCCGUUGUCAAACCCUGCAGUCUGAUCAUUUGUGGCGCAGGGGAAGGGCAAACGGACCAAUAUGCAUGUGCAUUACACGAUGCCAUCCGCAUGCUACUUUCAACUUGGGAGCCCACGGGUAUGACGGCAUCAAAGAGGACCUUGCAGUGUAACAAAAGCAAAUCUUCAAUUGCAGAGAAACAGAUCCCAAAUUCCACUUCCUCCCAGCGUUGUUUGUCGAUGCCAGGCUGUGUUGUACCUGCAGGUGGGAUAUUUGAAUUUCUCUUACACCAUGCCCUCCUCCAACAUGGCCACAGUUGCUCGGCUUCUGAUGAAACAGAUAUGGAUAUCCUUGCUGUUUCCCAGCUGCUGGCAAACGCUCUAUUGAGUGUGCCAAGACAGAUAUACUCCCACAGUCCACGAUGUUUCCUGCAGACUCAAACCAGGCUCCUGCGUUUAGUUCAAAGUCAUUCCCAACGUUCUGGUUUUGCAGACAAACUAGAACAGGAUACAGUUCUUAAAGAGUGUGAGGAUACAAGUGAGUGCACUCUAGAUGAGGUACAGAGCAUGCAUUUAUAUAAAGAUAUUGACAUGCCAUCAGAGGCGUUUAUGUUUGACUCAGGCCUCGAGUCCGUCAGCUGUAAAUACAAUCUGCUUCUAGCCGUGCUGCAGUGUCUCUCAAGUCUUCUCCAGGUGGACGCUAUGCUGCACAUACGCACCGCCUCACGGUCAGAAGAACAUGAAAAUAACUCCUGUGAGGGUGCAAAGGAGGAGGCCGAGGAAUGACUCUGUAUUGUGUCCCUCUUAAGGUUUUUACAUUUUCCCUCAGUAUUUACUUGUGUAUCAUUUUAGUGGUAUAUGAAAUAAUUUUCACAUUAAAAUCGAUGAUUUAAGGCUG